UUGCAGUGUGAUUGUUGUGUGUUUUGGAUCCUAAAAACAGAACUGAAAUCGAGUAAUUUUGGGCUUCUUGUGCUGGAAUCUGGCAACUCAAACUUUCACUUUAAGAAGGCGCGUCUACGCUGCAGUGUAGUGUGUUUAUUACAAUCCUUAAAGUGGCACAUGGAAACCAUAACUGCCGAUGCCUACAUGGCACACAUCUGAACCUACAGAUUGUGUCUGUCCUGCGCGAGGGAGCUCUCUGUCGAAACUGAUCUAGGGAGUAUAUUCCUGUAAGCCUGCCUGACUAUUUUUAUUCUGUUGCAGCGGCAGCACCUCCACUGUUUGCGGCAGCUUGAGCUGCUCACUACACCGAGCCGCGCGGCGAGCCGAGGACUCAGACGGACGGGUGGUGGAGGAGGAGGUGGUGGUGAGGGGCUCUGGACGAGACAUGAAAUAGUCACCCGUCGAGCCGACAGAGGUGAAGCACACUGGGACGGGAGUGAAAUGGCACCACCACCGGGUACGAGCUGCUGUGAGCGCACCUUGGCAAAACGGGAGUAACCGAGCCGUGACAGCGGGUGGGAUGGCAGCAUCGAGUAACUCCAGCCUCUCAGGUUCAUCUCUGUCCUCUGACCCUGAGGAUUACCAGCCGCCCAUAUGGAAGUCAUACUUGUACCAGCUACAGCAGGAAGCUCCAAGACCAAAGAGGAUCACAUGUCCUCAGGAGAUGGAGAGCAGACCAAAGUACUAUGGCAGAGAAUUUCAUGGCAUGAUUUCCCGAGAAUAUGCAGAUGAGCUGCUGGCUGGAGUGGAGGGUUCUUACCUCAUCAGAGAGAGUCAAAGACAGCCAGGGACACACACCUUGGCCUUGAGGUUCGGGCUUCAGACCCUUAACUACAGAUUGUUCUAUGACGGGAAGCACUUCGUUGGGGAGAAGAGGUUUGAGUCGGUCCACGACCUCGUGACAGAUGCCCUCAUCACACUCUACAUCGAGACCAAGGCAGCGGAGUACAUUGCCAAAAUGACCACCAACCCCAUCUAUGAACAUCUCGGUUACACCUCACUGCUGAAGGACAAGAUGGUGCACAGGCUGAGCCGUGGACGCACAGAACCACGAAGAGUCACCUUUCAGAGGGAUGAAAGGAUCUCCUCACCUCUGGUGCGACGGAGUGCCUUGAAAGAUACAACGGAGAAGCAGUGCUCCUACGAGAAAAUACACAACUUCAAGGUACAUACCUUUCGAGGGCCACACUGGUGCGAGUAUUGUGCCAACUUCAUGUGGGGCCUCAUCGCACAGGGGGUCCGCUGCUCAGAUUGUGGACUGAAUGUACACAAACAAUGCUCCAAACUUGUUCCCAGCGACUGCCAGCCAGACCUGCGCAGAAUAAAGAAAGUGUUCAGCUGUGACCUCACCACACUUGUCAAAGCUCACAACACGACACGGCCCAUGGUGGUGGAUAUGUGCAUCCAAGAGAUAGAGCUCAGAGGUUUGAAGUCUGAAGGUCUCUACAGAGUCUCUGGAUUCUCGGAGCACAUAGAGGAUGUGCGGCUGGCUUUUGAUCGAGAUGGUGAAAAGGCUGACAUCAGUGCCAGUGCCUUUGCAGACAUCAACAUCAUCACUGGUGCUUUGAAGCUCUACUUGAGAGACCUUCCCAUUCCAGUCAUUACGUUUGACUUGUACCCCAAAUUUAUUCAAGCUGCAAAAAUUCCAAAUGCUGAUUCCAGACUGGAGGCAAUACAUGAGAGUUUGCUGCAGCUCCCUCCAGCCCACUAUGAGACCUUACGGUACUUGAUGGCCCACCUAAAGAGGGUGACACUGUUCGAAAAGGACAAUUUAAUGAAUGCUGAGAACCUGGGGAUUGUCUUCGGUCCAACGCUUAUGCAGCCAACAGAGCUGAAUGCCUUGACAACCCUGAAUGACAUGAGGCUACAGAAACUCGUGGUGCAGCUCAUGAUCGAGCAUGAAGAUGUCUUAUUCUAAGGACUGAGGCAUGCAGGCCCUUUUUACACACACGAAGGAAAAUUAUUUAUUCUGUCUAAGAGGAAAUUCAAGCCACCUAGAUUCUGAUGAAGUUUCUCAACAGUUUGUAUCAAAAUGAACUUCAAACUCUUUUCUCUCGCAUGACUGUUUCAGUUGGAGUUUGUUUAGUGUUAACAUCGUCUCAUUGCUGUAUGUUUUGGGGCUUUCUUUCCCAGCAAAGACCAUCAUUUGUUUUUUAAAUUAAAAAGGAUCGUGUAUGUUUAACUUCCUACAGCGCUGUUCCUCUUCUGUUUAAAUUGAAGACUACCUGGUGUAGACUGUGUCAUGUCAGUGCUGAGUGAAACCUGUCCCCAGGCUGGUUGUCAAUCAUUGAAAGUCUGGUUUUGAGUAAACCAACGUCACAGCAGCAGCUGGGCCAGCGUUUCUAUAUGACGUGUGAAUAUUAAGAUUUAAAUAGGAACUCUGGUGUAAACUUUAUUGCCCAUAAAAUCAGAUCAUGAAAUGAUCACGAUGUAAACUGUGUGUACUUAAAUAUGAGAGAAGAGACUGUUGGGCGCUCAUGAAGCACUUUUUGCAACAAGUGUACAGAUAAAUUUUUGUAAAGAUGUUUAUUUUUGUCUUUUACUCUGCAUCUUUUUUUUUGUCACAUUAAUAUAAACUAGUGAAAAGAUGUUUGUUUCAUUGAUGUCAGUACAGAACUGUUCACAUGAGAGAAGAAGAAACAGAACAGCAAAAGUUUGUUGAUGUACUAUUUUCAUUUGCACUGUGCUCAGUGUUACGGUGGGAUUUUAGAUCAAUUUUCUUAUUUAACAUGUCUUACGUGCAACACAUGAGCAACAUUCUUCUGCAAACAUGCUUGUUUCCACUUUUGUAUUAUUUCUGUUUACAUGCUGUAAUCUGGGAAAUGUUCAGGUGAAAUUAAACAUCUAUUAUUUUC